GGAGGACACUCCGCAUCUCGGGCUGCACCGCCAGCUAAUCAAGCCGCGUAUGUGCCACUUCAGCACACCGGCGCUGGGAAUCGAUGGCAGAUCAAUCCCCCGGCGCUGACAGCUCAGCGGCGGCACAAAAAGCGGGACGGGGCGAGCCCCGCAGCCCAGAGCGCGGCUCGGCACGGCCGGCACCGGCUCGGCGGCGCUGCCGCAGCCCCGGGCGGGAGGCGGCCGGCCCAGCCCGCUCCGCCCCGGCGGCAUCGCCCUCCGGCCGGGCUGCCCCCUCCCGAGCCCGGCCCGAGCCGCGGGACAGCGCGGACCGCCGGGCGUGCCUGGUUCUAUGUAAUCUCAUUGGGCAACAGCAGUGGAACUCGUCUGUCCAAAAUGGUUUAUGGUGAAUUUUUCCGCAGACCUGGCAAAGAUGCAGAACUUAUCAAUUUGAAUGUGGGUGGCUUUAAGCAAUCAGUGGAUCAAAACACCUUGCUCCGAUUUCCCCACACCAGACUUGGAAAACUUCUCAAAUGCCAUUCAGAAGAGGCUAUUCUAGAACUGUGUGAUGAUUAUAGUGUGGCAGACAAGGAAUAUUACUUUGACAGGAAUCCUUCCUUGUUCCGAUAUGUUCUGAACUUUUACUAUACAGGCAAACUUCAUGUUAUGGAAGAACUUUGUGUCUUUUCCUUCUGCCAGGAAAUAGAGUACUGGGGGAUAAAUGAGCUGUUUAUUGACUCCUGCUGCAGCAAUCGGUACCAAGAACGGAAAGAGGAAGGUCCUGAAAAAGACUGGGAUCAGAAGAGCAACGACAGUAUGGACUCCUCCAAUGAAGAGUCAUCCAUAUUUGACAAAGAGCUAGAAAAGUUUGAUCAUCUGUGUUUUGGUGAAAUAAGAAAGAAGAUCUGGGUCAGGAUGGAAAAUCCUGCAUACUGCUUGUCUGCCAAGUUAAUUGCCGUGUCAUCCCUGAGUGUUGUUCUGGCAUCAAUUGUGGCCAUGUGCAUUCAUAGCAUGCCAGAAUUUCAGAGGCUGGAUGCCAACGACAGGGAGAUUGGAGACCCUGUGCUGGAAGCUGUGGAGAUUACGUGCAUCAUCUGGUUUACUGCUGAGCUAGUGAUCAGGCUCUUCACUGCUCCAAGUCAAAAGAAAUUCUGGAAGAAACCACUGAACAUCAUUGAUUUUGUCUCUAUUAUCCCAUUUUAUGCCACACUAGCUGUGGACACGAAGGAAGAAGAAAGUGAAGAUAUUGAGAACAUGGGCAAAGUGGUUCAGAUCCUGCGGUUAAUGCGGAUAUUUCGCAUCCUGAAACUGGCCAGGCACUCCGUAGGACUGCGGUCUUUGGGCGCCACUUUGAGACACAGCUACCAAGAAGUUGGACUCCUGCUUUUGUUUCUGUCAGUUGGGAUUUCUAUUUUUUCAGUGCUUGUCUACUCAGUGGAGAAAGAUGAUGACUCAUCAGAACUGCAGAGCAUCCCUAUUUGCUGGUGGUGGGCAACCAUCAGCAUGACCACUGUUGGUUAUGGGGACACUUACCCAGUCACACUUGCUGGAAAGCUGCUUGGCACCCUCUGCAUUAUCUGUGGGAUUCUGGUGGUAGCACUUCCAAUCACCAUUAUUUUCAAUAAGUUUUCUAAGUACUACCAAAAGCAAAAAGCUAUUGAUAGAGACCAGUGCAACAAUGAUCGCAAAGAGAAAAGCAAUGACCUACCCUAUUUUAACAUUAGGGAUAUUUAUGCAAAAAAGAUGCACUCCUUCAUUUCUAGCCUUUCUUCAGUAGGAAUUGUAGUCAGCGACCAAGAGUCAACAGAUGCCUCCAGUAUCCAAGAUAUGGAGGAUGUUUAUAACACAGUAUCUUUAGAGAAUGGUACAGGAAAAUGAGUUGAAUCACGUUUGCUUCUCUUUAUUUCUCUUCUGAUUCUUGGUAAAUGUGGACUGACAAACUUCGGUGAAUUCAUUAAGAGCAGUUGAUUCUCAGGGUACUUAACUCUCAGCCAUAUUUGGACAUUCUUUGCUCUGAGGAUGCCAUAAAAGCUUCAUUGUUUAUAUGAGGCUUUAAAAUAUGCCUCAUAGAGUGGUUUAGUUUUUACACAACUAGUGUUAUGCAUUUUGGGGGACAAAAAGCUGGGAAAAGAGUUUUACAUGUGAGAUAAGUGGGGUUUUUUGUUUUGCAGGUAUUGUUGUUUGAUUUGUUAAUUGUUUUUUCCCCUGCAGCAGUCUCAUAUCUUACACAGAAUUUGCUUUUAUAAUUUGCUGCUCUUCAGGUAGAAAUAUAUUAAAAAUGUGUAAGAACUAUUGCACAAGUUAGUGAAAUUUUCACCUGCAAAUACAUUAGGUAAAUGAAGGAAUUGUAUACAUGUAAAACUGUGGUUGCUAACACAUUGAUGUAAUUUUAGAGCUGGGAACCCGUUUCCUAAGUUGGGGAAGAAAAUAUAUUCAUACAUAUUGUUUUUACUCCAUGGAAGCAUAAUAUUUAUUAAUUUCUUUCCAAAAGCACAAUACAUUUUUAGUUUGUUAAAAUAAAUUAUUCCCAUUGUGCCUGUAUUUUUCCUAGGAUCCAGCCAUGGCCAAGCUCUAUCAGGUCCUAAAGGUUUUUAGUCAUAAGUCCCAGGAUGAAAGCAGGAUAGGAGCUUUUUGUACCAUUGAGCCACCUCUCCUGCUGUUGUGACCCUGAGCAGUUCUGGUACCUGGAGGGGGUCCUGCUGUGGUUAAGGCCACCCCGGUGGCUUCCCCAGGGAAUUUUGACUUGUAGGCACUGAAGCAAACAUCUGUGGUGGUCUGUAGAAGUUCCUGCUCCCCACUGGCAGCACAGCUGCCCCUCCUGGGGGCUGCUGCCUCAGUGGUAGGAGCAGUGGGAGCAGCGGCUGGGUUGCUGUGCUGGGUCUCUGUCCAGGGCUGAAGUGCCAAGCAGUGGAGAUGUGAGGACAUGCUCAUCUCUGCCAUAUGCUGCCCAUCAGAGAUGUAGGGUGGGAGUUGCACCUGGGUGUCUGUAUUCAGCUCAUUUUUCUAAAGCUAAUCUGCUGGUGGUGGCAGCUUUCCUGGUGUGUGCUGUGUGCUGGAGCAGUGCUCGUUACUUGGCAGAGUCCUGCAGCUCUGUGCAUUCCCCUCCUCUCCAGGGAUUUCUUAAGCAGCCAGCUAGCUCUGCUCUGUUUCCAGCAGUGCUGGAGAGGCUCAAGGACCUUAGAGUGUCCUGUGGACCAUCUCGUCCAUAGGUUUUCUGAGCACUAAUUUUCUUUCAUUUGUCUAGUGACUAAAUCAGAUGCUGGGCAACAGAGAAUCGAAGACACUGUGAUGUUGAUAUUUGCCUUGAAGAGAGGUUUGACUAUUUUAUUUUUUUAAAUAUUAUUCAGUCAAAUAUAGAAGCCUGUACUGAACUUCUAUUCAAGAAGAUCAAACUCCAUAGGAAUUGACUUCCGAACUAAGAUGCCAGAAAUGACAAUUGAUUUUGGCCACUGCAGAAACUGGAUUUUUCAUCUAUCUGCCAGAUUUUCUAUUGCAAAAUGCAUUAAGUAAGUAACUGAGGUGCACUUAAAUUUGCUAAGGCAAAGAGCUCUAACCUCUUUCUGAGAUGGAGAAACAAGAAAACAGGAUCAACCUGUACAUUUUAAAGAUGUGUCUCUCAGGACUGCUGUGCAUCAGUACAGUGAUGUUGAACUUUUAAGAAAAUAUUUUGAGCUUUGAAGGAACCUCAAAAUUUGGUUUGUUACUUGCUGACUGUUGUAAGGGUAUGUGAUACUUCACAGACAAUUAAAGACAAUUCUUCCCAUAGUUUUUGUAGGAAUAGCAAAAGGCAGAGUUAGCCUAAAUGUGAUUUGUUCUUGCUGAACAAUUAACAUUAAAAAGAUGCAAUGAUACAAAAUACUAAAUAUGUAUGUGUAUAUGAAUCUAAUAGGAACCAUCAGAAUAACAACAAAACAGAGAAUAGAGCAAAAAAGUUACUCUCUGUCCAAAGAAAAUCUCUUGGUGGUGUCCAUGUAAAGAUAUAUUUAUAUAUAUAUUACAUUGCCACUGAAGAUCAAAAGCAAUGAAAAAUAAUGUAGUGCAACAAGACCUGCAAGAAAUUAUAUUAAAUAGUUGAAAAAGUGCUACUGAAAAAUUUAGUUUUGUGUAUCAAGCAUUACUCAAGGACUCAAUAUACAACUUUGUGGAUUAAAUUUUAUGACUGGUUAUUUGCCAUAAAAUUGAUAAGCUUUUCAUCAAACUCAUGAAUUGGUCUUAAGGCUGUUACACUUUUUAAGUGCUCUGACUUUAUACAUUGAUACAGCUUGCAGCAAAGUGAGAUACAUCUUUUGGAACACAUCAGAAGGUGCAGUACAUAUCCAUAUAUCAUUUAGUGUACACUAUUUUGAUUUCUGUGAUGAGAUCUUGGCCUUUUUCAAAUCAAUUGUAUCUUAAAAAUGGCUUUCUUGUAUCCUUACCCCUUGCUGGAAUAAAUCCAGUACCUUGGUUUCACACAGGUGUGACUGUGAGCAGGAUGUGAGCUGUGCUUCAUGCCAAAAAAUAACUGUGCUUCAUGCCCUCGAGGCAGAACUGCAGUGCUGUGACAUGCACUGGUGCUAGACAGUGUCACAAGCCUCGAGUGCCAGAAGGAAGCAGAUGAGAGCAAAGACUGAGACACUGCACAUUGUAGGGGGCUGUUUCUUACUGAAUUUCUCUUCUUCCUUGGCUCACCGUGGCAUAUUGUUGAUUUGUGAUAUCAAUGUCAACAGAAGAAUAUUGAAUAUUGUUUUUCUUUUUCCUGAACCACAUUUUUUUUUGCUUUAGAAAUGCUUCCUAAAUUCUCGCCACCCGGCUGCUCUGUUUCAGACACCAAGGCACAGAGAAGAUUUCCAUUUAGACAUGCAUCCCAUUUUGUAUGGGAGAGAUUUGUUCAUUUUUAUACAAAACAAUUCGCUGCAAUGUUGUUGCUUUCUUUGUUUUGAUGCCAAAGUCUUCCCUUUUGAUAUCCAGUAUUUCCACAGGAGCAUCCACCUUUUCCUGGCUUUCCCUAGUGCAUAAAGGGAAGGCAGCACAGCCCUGCAUUGCAGCUCUCUCUGAGAGGCUUCCAGCUGGCAGGGGUAUCACCCCACUGCCCACAGCUCCAGCCUUGCUGGGGGCAGGCUCUGGCAUUGGCACUGGUUUUUAGGGUAUGGUAGUAGAGGAAAAAAAAAUUCAAUGUAAAGGAAUUAGAAAAGAGAAAAGGGAGAAGGCAGGAAGCAAUCUGUCAAUAGGGGUGGUGGAAAAGCAUGAGAGGACCUCAGAAGAAAGGAAAAAAAGAAGUUGGCAGAAAGAGUCCUCAUAUUUUUUCACUUAUUUCCUGUUUUUUUUUGUUUUUUCACCAGUUCUUUUCUCCCCUUUGCUUCCUUCUCCCUUCCAUCCCCUCCUCCUCCUACCCUGGCCCCCCUUCUUAACCAGCCUGUAAUCCAGCAGUCUGUUUAUGUCCAAAAAUGAGGAUCUUUCUGAAUCCAGAAAGGCAUGUUCCAUCCACUCGGGGAGCAGCAAGCAGAACUUAGCAGGGAUGUAGUUAGUAAGCAGAGGCAGUGCUUUUUGCAAGAAGGGGGUGUUGCUCAGAUUGUGGAACAUAAAUGUGGGGUAAAUAAACAUCACAUUUGUGUCAGGCCUGUAAAUGAAAUACCACUUAUGGCUUAGGUAGAAAUUGGCAGUCCACAACCUCCUUGUGAAGGCAGAGGAGGGGCAGACACUGGGUGACAGUGACAGAACCUGAGGGAAUGGCCUGAAGUGGUGUCAGGGCAGGUUUAGGCUGGAUAUCAGGAAAAGGUUUUUCACCCACAGGGGUGGUUGGGCACUGAACAGCUCCCCAGAGAAGUGCUCACAGCACCAAUCCUGACAGAGCUCAAGAAGCAUUUGGACAAUGCUUUUGGGCACAGGAUGAGAUAACUGGGGUGUCCUGUGCAGGGGUGGGAGUUGGACUUCAUUAUCUUUGUGCAUCCCUUCCACCUGAGCUGAUUCUGUGAUUCUGUGAUAAUGCCAGAUAUUUAAAAGCAGACUUCUUGUUGAUUCCCAUGUGAAUGGGUUGCUGUCAGGGGCUGCUGAGACUAGCAGGCAGAUUUGACUGGCAAAUGCAGUACAUGGGCUCACAGCAUGCCAAGGGCUCCUGACAGACUGCUGUGUAUUAAUACAUUUAUUCAUUUCCCCAUAUUCCUAACAUCUAGAGCAAGUGACAAAAAACCACUAAGCUGUGGAGAGCUUCUCUAAUAUUUUUUGAUUAGCUGACAGUAUUUGUGAAGCUGCUAAUACUUCUUCAUCCAGAAGAGGACAUUUCUCAAAUGAAAUCACAAUAACCCUGAGUUGGAUGUGCAGUUUGUGACUGAUAGCAGUAGCUCAGUCGCAGUCAGUAAAUAAUGCUGUCUGGUGCUGUGUGGCUGCAGUGCUGCUGCCUGUAUUUCUGAAAUGUUUAUGCUCUGUCAACCAAGAGACAGCAGAUGCCAUUAAAACCAUCUCAGCACUUCCCAGCUUCACAAGAAUUGCAGCAUCUCUUCCAAGCGCAGAAAAAUGUCAUGGCUUGCUGAGACCUUCUCUUUUAAUUUCGUGCAUAGUUGUAGAUAAUUUUUUUGUGAUGAGCCUAUGGUCCAAGCACAAUCUAGCAGAAGAAAAAAGGUCACUGUGUGUCUGUGGACAAGUUACAAGAUUUUACUGACUUUAACUCAGGGCAGUGCCGUCCCAUCUUACUGGCACAACUCAGGUGGUGCACAGGAUGGUAAUUCACUGUGGAAUGGGCUGAUGGCUGUUACAGGUAGGUAAGGAGUCAAGGCAGAGUUCCUUGGGGAUGGAUAUAAUUUAUAUGUAAUUGUAUCUGCCCUCUGGACAGAGCUCAUUUAGGUAUAUAAUAUCAGAUAAGGUGUGACACUUUUGCUGAGGAAACUCCUACAUCUCGUGUCUUUUUAAUGAAUAUAUUGCAGAGAGAAGCCUUUGCUCAUGUUUUUAUCAGGUCAAGGGCUGUGGCCCAAGGGUUCUUUAAUCCACAUACCCAUCAGUUUUCUCCAAAUCAUAUAUGCCAUUGGGAGGGAGAGACUUUGCAGCAUCCCCAACAGAUCCAUGAACUUUAGCCAAGGAUUUGGGAUGAGGGCUGGUGGUGGUGGGGGAACAUUAAGUGAGGGAGAACCAAUGCUGUGUGGUUUCAUGUGAUCUCCUUUGGACUCCCCCAAAAAGCCAGCUGUCUGUUAAGAGUCAGUAAUGACCUGCAAAUGGAAUUUACUCCUGUAGGAAAUUACUGCAGCCUCCUGUAGUAAUUUUAAAAACCACAUAAUAAAAUAUGAGAGGGAGCAAACUGGUGCUGGCAGAGGCAGGCACAAUAUGCUGACAGUACUUUUAUAAACCAAAUUUGCAUUAUUUCUUGGCUUGUAAGCCAUAUAAAAUAUUCUUACUUUGUCAUGUGUUGUAAAAUCUGCCGCUGUGCAUUAAUACAAAUAGAAUAAUGGAGCCAAGUCCUGGAAUUGCGGCAUUAAAGAUGGAAAAAAAAAUCUUGGCUCGGGGAAAUUGCAGAAAUACUGUUUAGCUGCCACUGCUGUUUUAUUGUUGCAGCUGCAUCAGUGGUGAGAGGGAGCAAGGGACCAUGCACAGGCAGUGGAAAGCAGGCUUCCCUUUCUUCCUUUGCCUGUUUAACACUGACCAUACAGGCUCAGGGACCCCUGUAGCUUCGAGGGCUGCUCAGCAAACCCUUCCUGGGGCCUAGUGUGGAGCCAGUUGUCCCUAGAGAGGAAUGUGGUUGUGCAGGAAAAUAAUGAAGUCUGCAUGAAAUGGCCUUUGGGGAGGUAAAAUAGUAUCACUGAAUUUGGUGUUGCCACCCUCCUGUACCUCUGUGAGACCUGGGAGAGAAAGCAGAAAUGAGGAAGAAGUUGAAGGGUCAGAUAUUUAACAGCAGCCAUUUGAAGGCUACUUUGUCUUUUGUUAAUCCAAGGGAUUUUACUGAAUCACAGGUAAUACAGAAUUCUGUAUUUAGCCUUGAACCCAUUCCAUGAAGUGGAAUAAUGUAUUGUCUUCCCACAGGCUUUGAGUUACAGCUAAAAUAUGUGCUUUUCUCUGAGCCAGUUUCUAGAUGUGAUGCUGUUGCUGCCUUUCAGGCUGACUGGACUUUGGAUCUUUCUGAAGCGUUGCAUGUGCCAUAAAUCAUCCUUGCAGCUUCUACACCAUUUCCUAGAAACCUGGAAACUAUAGCAUGAAAGAGUUCAAAGUAGUUUCUUUGGCUCAAUAUUAUUUUUUGACAGCAUCAAAUGACAUGCAUUUCAUGGAAAGAGAUUUUCCCUGCUCCUGAAUUUUGUACUUUAGGACUUCAGGUAUUUUUUAAAAUAAAGUAUUUGAAGAGCGGCUUAGGUGCUGAGAUAUAAUUUUAUUCCAGGCAGUGUAACCUCAAGUACACAAUUAAGUAUUCAUUUCUUCAGUUUACACAGUUACAAUCUUACAUAUUUGUAUUGUGCAUCUUUGGGGGGAAAAAAGUGCUGAAUAAAUAAUUCCAGGUGCCAAAAAGCUGGUUGAAUGGCCAUUGAGCAAAUUCCUUAUGAACCAGAAUGAUCCUGGUGUCAGACAGCAUGGCUUUAUAAGUCUCUUCUGUGGAAAGCAAAACACUUCUUUUCUUAUUUCUCUAAAUAUUUUGAGGGGGAUGGAAUAACAGUCUUGCUGUUCUGUGGUGAUGGAGAGCAUUGAAUGAAAUGAAGUCAGAAUGAACUUAAGGUGGUUAAAGGGGAACAUGGCUUUUCCAUAGACACCUCACUUCCCUUAGGACAGUAAUUUUCAUGUUGUUCCGGAGGUUUUUUUAAAGGCAAAAACACAGCUACCAAAACCAGUGCACUGGUUUUCCUUGUUGGGUAUUUUAAAGAUUAAAUUAGCUCCAGUUAGAGGUAUAGAAAGAGAGCUGGCUGGUGGGUAGGGUGGAGGGGGUGUAUGUGUGUGAGGAUUUUAUAUAAUUUAUUUUUAUAUUAUAUGCUUUUGCCUUUGGAAUCACACAUAUUUGCAUUGGCUUUUUUUUUUAAUUGACUGAAGAAUCAAAAUAAAUAGUAGACAGUCUUUAUCUGUAGAUUUAUUUUAGGCCACUGAAUGUGAAGGAAAAGUUAGAUUUCAGCAUUUCAGUCUUGACAGUGAAUUUAAAAAUUCAUCAGAAGCAUUCCUAAGCAACAUAAAAAUCUGCGCAUAAGUAUGGCACAUUUAAUGUAUCUCAAGCCAUAAAGCUAAAGUUCUGGCAGUGUUCAGUGAAUGAAAGGUUAAUAAAAAUUCACGUGUUAAUCUGGUUCUGUUCUAGUUGCAUAUUCUGGUGUAGUGAUGUACUCUUGGCUCUUAGGCUGCCUCUAAAUGGGAGUCUAGUGCUUCUGCAAUUUCAUAUUCCUAGCCUUAUACAGACUGACUGGACAGCUGUCAGAGCAUUAUUGUGCAGGCUUUUAGCUGCCUGUCAGCAAAGGUAACCUCUGCUGGUCUGCCCAGGACCUGCUGCCUUCCAGAGGUGUGCAGGGAGAACAGGAGAACUGUGGGGCUUUGCCAAAGGCACUUGCAGCAGAACUGCUGGGUUUUGUUGGCCUGCUUUCAUUGUAUUGUUACCUGCUGAAGACAUCUGUGUUCUCCAUUUAAUGUAUCAAUUAAUCCAAGAGGAUUUAUGAUAUCUGGGAAGGGUUUAUAAAACACAAGUGUUCCUUGAAAGCAAAUACUGACCUGAGGCUGGAGAGGGCUCAAAUUCUUUUCCCCUGGCUUUUCUCCCUUGUCAUAGGAAUUAUGACUGGGCAAGAAUGGGAACAGCAUAACAAGCUUUGGAGUUCCAAAAGCCUUUAGGGCCACUGAGAGUCCCUAUGAAAAUAAGCACUGAAGGAAUGUGGGGACUGGGGUAGGGGGUCUGUGUGCAGGAUGUGGAUACAGCUCCAGGUGAUGGGUGAGAAGAAGACGUCUCUGCACCAGUGGAUUUCUGCUGCUCAGGUGGCACUGACUGCAGAGCCUUCUGUGCCCUCUCCACAACGUUCUUCUCAGUCCAAUGCCCAUUUUUUCAGGUGUUAAAAUACUUCCUGAAACCUGAAAACAGACAAGAGAUGUAAUGAGAGCAACUGUAAGGUUGCUGAAGCAGUAAAGAGGGGCUGAUGGCAAGAGCCGUGUCUGUAGAGAGGACAUGCUGCAAAGAUGCUUUGUUGGAAAAUCUUACCUUCCAUGUCUUGAAGCUUUUCCUUUCUUCAACUCCUAUAGAGAAUCAAACAGUGGUUUGGGUUGGAAGAGACCUUAAAGAUCAUCCAGUUCCCACUCCCUGCCCUGGGCAGAGACAACUUCCACUAAGCCAGGUUGCUCAAAGCCUCAUCCAGUCUGUCCUUGAACAUUUCCAGAGAUGAGACAUCCACAGGUUCUCUGGGCAAAUUGUGUAGUGUUUCACCACCCUCAUAGUAAAGAAUUUUUUCCUUACAUCCAAUCUAAAUCUACCCUUUGUCAGUUUAAAGUCAUUCUCCCUGCUCCUGUUACUACGUGCCCAGGCAAAAUGUUCCUCUGCAGCUCUCUUGCAGUUCCCCUUUGUCUGCUCAAGGCCACAAUUAAGGUCACCUUUGAGCCUUUGCUCCAGGCUGGACAACCCAGCUCUCUCUCUGUCUUUAUAGGAGAGGUGCUCCCGCCCUCUGAUGAUCCUUGUGGACUUUUCUGGACCUCCUCCAGCAGGUCCAUGUCCUUCCUCUGCUGGGGACCCCAGAGCUGGAUGCAGCACUGCAGGUGGGCUCUCAUGAGGGGGAAGCAGAACUUCCCUCCCCCUCUGCUGCCCACAGUGCUUUGGAUGCAGCCCAAGAUGCCAUUGGCUUUUUGGGCUGCCAGGACACAUUGCAGAGUCACGCUGAGCUUCUCAUCCAUCAACACCCCCAAGUCCUUCCCCCUGGGGUUUUUCUAAAUCCAGUCUCUGCCCAGCCUGCACUUGUGCUUGGAAGUAAAAGGGCUGUGUGUCUUAGCAUGGCUUUUGCAAAGUGUUUUCUCCCUUCUUGUGAUCAUUAUGGAAUGGAUAAACUGCUGUGGAAUGUAACCUGGAAGAUAAAUUUGUCUUGGGAAGGGAAUAGUCUAGCUCACUCUGUGGUCUUUGUUUUCCUUUUGCUUCUGUACUUCUUCGCAUCCAAGUGGGCUUUGGCAACAAACACUCCCCUUGUAUGCAUGCAGCACGUGCCAGGCUUUAUAAUCCAUCCAAUGUUCCCAGCUAUUCAGCAAACUAAAAGAAGGGGUAAACGGAAUAAGGUCAGAAGAAAUGCUUUGUAUUGCUAAAAAAAAAAAAUCCUGUUCUGCAUAUAAUUUCAGUGUCCUCUUCCUUUAAAAAGCAGAUGACUUCCCCAUCAAAAAUCUAGUCCACCAUACAAAAAAAAAAAAAAAAAAAAAAAAAAAAAAAUAUUGAAUAGGCCUUACAUGGGCUGUUUGAUUUUUUAUUUUUGGAUGAAGAUGAAAAAGAGAAAAAAAAUGCUUGGCUUCUUCGUGGUGCAAAAAGGCAAGCAAAAAUAUUUGAAUAGUAACUCUCAUGGCCAAAUAAUUCCACAGUUAUCAAAGUGAUCAUUGAAAUCAUCAAAAAAGAAGCUAUAUAGACCUUUGAACAUAAACAUAAGGAAAAGUAAAAAAAUAGAAAUUGCUUAUUCUUUUCUCUCUCUGACUCCUUUUGUAGAGAUUGAGAUUCCUUUUUCUUGGCAAGUCGGAUGAUGAACCACAUGUUAAUUAAGUGGUUGAAAGGUGUAGUUGAAAGAGGAGUUUGGAGUCAGACAGCUCAGCAUGGAGGAAACCACCUCUGUGAUCAAUCUUGUCAGGUUUUGACACCUUAAUUCAAGGUUUUCUUUGACAGUGUGAAGGCAGCUCAGUUGCUGGGAAAGUGGGCAUUAAGCAUUUUGUUGUGGUCAUUUGGGAACAAGAAUCCUGAAGGAAUCAGCAGCCAGUCCUGCUUCCACCAGGAAGAGACCACAGUGGGCAUUGCAAUGCAGCGGGCUCGGAGCAUCGCGACAGAUCUGGGCUGGAUCAAGGAUCUUCCCACGGUGGAACAGCUCAGGGCUACAAAACUGCAGCCCUGCCUGAAGUUCCACGUGACCCUGUGCCAGGCAUUCUGUCACCCCACACUUGUGGUCUCUGUCAUGUCUUUUGCCUCUCUUUCUGACAUUCGAGCUACGUGGGGUGGCAGUGAUCUCAGUCUGAGCACUCCGUCCCUAGCAGGGGUGUGUGGUGGUCCAAAGUGGGGCAGGGAAGUCCUCAUCACUGGGAAAAUCAUGACUUAGGUGUACAGAAGUGGAAAAAGUUGAGUGCUUUUUGGAAGAACUGAUUUUUGCUUUGCCCAAGUUAUUUAACAUGAACUGUCUUUAAUGAAAUGUCCAUGAAAAAAAAGGAAAACAUACUAGUUUGAGGGGGAAGAAAAGUCAUUGUCUCCUGUACUGUCCUGUCAUAGUUAUAUAAAAAAAUAAUAGAAUUGAUUACACCAAACAAUAGACUAUUUUUUACUUGGUUGCUGGACCAACUAAUUAAAAAGAAAUCUGUAAUUUAAGACCCUUUGAGCUUUUUUACUUUGACUCAAUGUUUCAUUUGAUUUGGAGGAGUUAAUUCUUUUGCAUCUAAUUAAACUUAGACUGGUUUGACAUUAAAACAAAAAAAGUUUCACAAUGAAAAAUUUUUUUUUUAGAAUAUGUUGAAAUGCAAGAUUUCAGCAUCACUGGAAACAAGAAGCUCUCAGAAAAUUUCACAAUGAAAUAUGCACUGUUCCAAAAUCCCUCCUGCCUUUUUUGUUUUGUUUUUGUCCAGUUUGUUUGUUUUGUAGAAUAUUCCCACCAACUGUGGGCUGGAUUCAGAUAUAAAGUUUCUCUCUCUGUCACAGCUUUUUUCAAUGAAUUUUCUAUUCACAAAAAAAAUUGUUCUCAUCCGGUUUUAGCUGUAUUCUUUGGAAAAUGCUUAUUUUCCUUGGAGAAGUCAGAGGAAAAAAAAGUAAAAUCUUUGUCACUUCAAUGAUUGCUGUCAUGGAUCCAUUGAUGUGCGUGACACUUUACCAAUCACUCAGGUUAUUGGUAAAGAGAAAUGAAUUAUCUGCUUUGUUCAAGGCAGAAAAUGAAAAGCAGUUACCAGAAAAUCACAUCCUGGUAAAGGAAAUGAGUCCAUUUUAACAAGUUUAUGAGGGAGAGCUUCAUUACAAAGCAUAAAAAAAGAAAACACAUGAAAAGCCUGUUGGACCCCAUCUGUUCAUAUGACUACUUUGAUGGGAAUCUAACUGAAGGCUGAUCAGAGGGAAAUUCAUUGUUUCUUUUAAGUAAUAAUUACAAAUGGGUAUGUGUGUUCUGAAAUAAUUAGCAAGUAUGUUUUGAAUAGAGUACUCUUCAGAAAAUAAACUUGCACCAACCAGUAACUGCUUAAUGGCUGGUAAACUGUAGUGUUCUUAAAUGGAUGUAUCAGCUCAAGAGGGAAUGUUAUAAUAUUGUUACUUAAUACUCAUGCUGUUUAGUCUAGAGAAGAGAAGGCUUGGGCAGUAAGAGUAAUCUUGUUGUAUAUGAAAGCCUUUUGCAAGAAAAUUAUAGGUUUGUGUUUUUUUCCAGUACUGUUUAGGGCACAAAGCUCAAGCCAAGGAGAAUGAAGGGCUGGUGGUAGAACUGACUCAGGAAUUCCUCCUGUUUGGGGGGUCCCUUGCUGAGCCCCAGCUCCAGCUGCUCACUAUCUCAGUCAUGCUGAUCCAAAUCUGUGUAAAGGUAGAGCAGAUUGCUUCAAUGACCCAGGUUUAGAAUAACAAUAAUUAUUCUCUGCUGAGUGGGAGAAGGGAGGUGUAAGCCUGAGCAGCUUAAAAGGCCCUGGAUCAGUCUUGUUGAUAGAGACCCAACUCUUUUUUUUCAGUGACUCCAUACUCAUGGCAGCAGUCCAAAUUACAGAAUCACAAAAUCAGUGAGGUUGGAGAAGACCUCUGACCAGGACCCUUGAGUCUGACCUAUGACUUGCGUAAUUUUUCAGUUUAUUUGGGGUAGGAAAAUGUGCUGCGCUGAGGGUCUGACUGUGGUUCAGUAAGGACUUUACUGGGCUACCUACCUGUGUCCAGAGGUGUCCCUGGCCUCAGAACUUGGGUUGUGCCAAGGAUAAAACAGCUGGAUGAUGGGACUCAGCCUUGUACAUUGCAUUCUAUUGUGACUUGGUCUUGGACUCAAAGGGAGGGGUUUAUGUGGUAUGGGCCAGUAUUUUCUCAUAGAGAAGGAAGUAGGACUUUUGAGGAUAAAACUGGGGAUACCUGUCAAUAAAAAGUGAAAUAAUUUUUUACUCAGUAAAACGGUCUUUGGGACAGAUUGUCUCAAGGACAAUCUGCCAUGAGAGCAGAUUCUUUAGCUACUACCAGUCUUCAAUGUAUUUGCCUAAUUUUUCUUGGUAUAGAUAAUAUUUGGUAUGUGAGCACUACACACACAAUUUAACUUGCCCUCAGCACAGCUGUAAGGAAUCACAAAUAAUCCUAUUUCCUCUCUGAUUUUAAUAGUCAAAGUGCAAUCUCCUUCUUUUUGAUCUGUUCAAUUUAUCGUGCACAUAUUUGAAUGUAGUACUGUGAAAUUUUUUAUAUUUUAUUUGUUAUCAUAUAGCUAUUAACAUUUUAAUUAUGUAAAUAGAAGUAAGGAAAUCCUGAGCCUUACAUGUAUGUUUUUCAUCUGCCAGAAGCCAUGUAUUUUUAUGGCUCUGAAUUAAUCUUUUUUUUUUUCUUUUUUUUUUUUUCCCCUGGAAGCUUUCUUCCAGAGGAAAUUUCCAAAUCCUGCCCUUCCAUCGUGAUUGGGUUUUUGGUUUUGUUUCAAUUUCCAUGGCAACAGAAAAAUUUGUUUUCUGACAGUGUUUGAAUACAAAAGUCUAAUUUCCCUGGGCUCUUUUGAAUACGGCAGUUUACGUUUUUAUCCCCUCAAGUGUUUUGAACUCCUGUCCUUUAACCCCUUGACUCCAUAUAGUUCUGUGAAAUCUCUUUUUCCUAAGUCAGGAUGUACAGGUUUUUUUUCCAUACUUUCUUCAUUUUUCAGAUACAGUUUGAUUCAGUGCUCUGAUAGCAGAAAUUUAAGCCACAUUUUAUACUUAGGAGUUCGAUUCUUUCCUUAGAGGAAAUUAUUACUUUUUUGAUUACUUCUAAGCACAGAACUUACUUCAAAUCUAGUUUCAAGGUUGUGGAAUAUAACCAUUUUAAAGUCAGAACCUAACUUACUUUGUUAUGUUUUGUGAAAAUUCACGUAUCUUACAUUGUUUCUUGUGUUCAUCAGCCAGUCCAUGAAUGUGCUUGAAGAGUGCCAGCUACAUAAUCAUUAAACUUUGCACUGAGUCUCCUGUGAUUUUCAACAAAAUACUUCAAUUAAUUCCUGAAUAGAUGCCAGACAUCUGUGGUUUGCAGACCUUCAUCAUUCACUGUAUAAAUGAUGAUUGCAUUUAACAUCUGACGUCACCUGUGCCACCUAAUUAACUUAAGUACUAGAAAGCUUCAAGAUCCAUGGUUUAAAUUCAAGCAGCCUCUAAAGUUUGAAUGUGAAAGAUGAAUAAAAGGAAGUCAGGGGCAUUACAGUCUUACUCUUCUGUCCUUUGCCCACCUGUUUUAGCUCCUUCCACAAGCAUCAAUGAAAUAAAUUCCAUCUCUGUGUCCCACCAGCCAGUAUUUAAUCUGUGAAUCACACUGUAAAUGCUGUUGUACCUCUCUGAGCCUGGCCAGUUUUUUUGCUCAGUACAUUUCCAGCUGAGCUGGAAUAUAUACAUGGCACCUUAACUGGAGAUCAAGAUAUUUCUAAUUGGUCCCUAAACCUUCACCUACUCUUUUCCCCUUCUCUGGCAAGCCAAAUUAAGGCAGCACUCAUAGCACCUGCCUGUGCAGAUCUAUUCCUGCCUCACUUUGAUAAAGGAGGAAAGAGCCAGCAACCCUGACAUGUGAGUUACUGGCAACAGGAUAAAGCCCAGAGUGAAUUAAUGGGGCAGUGCUAACCUUUGAACUCUGUUUUGUCACCACAACAAUCAUAGAGUUAAGGGAAAAACUGAAAAAAUGGAUCUGCUUGGAAUACAGUUUCUGGGGAUAGAUUGUCUCUUCAGAGGACAGCUGGUACCCACAAUGGGCAUUUCUAGGUGCUUCCUAACUUUUAGAGAAUGUUGUGCUGAUAGAAGGCAACUUUAAUUUCAUUCAGGCAUUAAUAAGAUUUAACUUUGCCUAUUUGGGCAGUUAUAUGCAGUCUUUUUUAUAGUCUUUUGCUAUAUUUAUCCAUGCCUUUGGUGUUGCUUAUUAUUUAUAGAUAUUUAUGUUGUAUAGACUUUGUUGAUUCUGAUACAAGUGAGUUUUCUGUUAAUGUUGAGAUCUGAGCUUAAUAAUGCACUCUGCACUACUGUUUGAAAGUCAUGAUAAAGCUUUUCUGCAAUUUUAUUUUUUACUCUCAGUGAAAUAUAACCAGCUUGUAUUCAUUACCAGCAUAGAUAUUUAUAACUGUAUCUGCUUUGUUUUUCUUCGUUGUUAGAUCUUUUAUUGCUUUUCUUGCAUGGAUUAUCUGAGAAAAUUGCAUAGGCUCUGACCUGUGGGAAGAGUCAAUCCUUAUAUCUUAAUGUGUGCCAAGCAAACCUAUCAUGUUGCUCAGCUGAUUUGAGAGUUGUUUUUCUUUUAGAUAAAUGUUUUUAAGACUGUAUCUAUUUAUGACUUUAGCCUCUUGUGAAUGGUUACUGGAGGUCAUCUGUUUGGGUUCAGAAGUACCCGUUAAUCAUGCAGGAAAAGGAGCAUGGGUGAAACAUAAGGAUUUCUUCCUGUGGGAAAGUGAGCAAUCAUUUUUGUUCUGGAUUAGCUCACUAGAAACUGUGAAACUGUAUUCCAGUCCAUAUCUUUGUAAACAUUUAAAAUACCCUUUCCAAUUUCUGAAGGUGUAAAUAAAGAACUAUUUUUUCCAUCAUCAGACAUAAAAAUUUUCCUUUAAUGAAUAUUGGAAAGCCAUUUUCAAUAUAACAUCAUAUUCCAGCAAAAAAUAUACUGCUUCUUUUCCUUAAGUAUCUAAUGAUUUUUGAUGCUUCAUUUUCUACUCUUGACAUAUUCAGGUAGGUAUUGCUCAAAUAAUUCUUAAACCCUAGAAUUUUCAUUGUGUACCAAAUGAAUGUGCAUCUUUAAUAAAUACUGUAGGCAUUAGAAUAAUUAAGAAUACUUUGUAUUAAAACAUCUUUAUUUUUUCCUGACCUCUCCAUAAGAAAUAUUCUAGCACAGUAGAAAGCUGAAGCUGUGGAGGAGCUGGGAAGGACAGACAGAUGUCCUGCUCUCAGCAACACAAGUCUAUGGACCUCAAAUGGACUUGGGCUCAAAGAAAAACACAAUCUACAGCCCAGUCUGAGCCCUCUGGCUUGAUGAGGGGGAAGGACUUGUCCUCCCAGGCUGGGAAUGAGCUGUGUAUUUGCUCUUUGGAGGUCAUUGAUGAACAAAGGCAGCUGUGGAGUUCCCAGCCAGAGGAGGUCUCACUUGGAAGGUGGGUAGGUUUGGGAGGGCCAGGACAAAGCCUCUGCCAGGCUGAAGCUGGGAGGAGGGCAGGGUGCAAGGGCAGAGGUCCUGGAGUGAGGUGACAGAGAGAGUUGUUCAAGCACUUCUUCCUCUGUAAACUCUUCAGAGUGGCAUGUGUAGUCUGGAGCCAAAGAGUGAUAUCAGGAGUUAAUUGUCCAUGAACAAGAAAAUCAAUUUGUAAUUAUUUUACAAACUGCAGUCUUUUCAGAACUUUUCUUGUUAGCUGUCAUCUACAGUAGAAAAACUGCUUGAAUUUUACUGUUGGUACAAAGACCAUCAUAGAUUUACAGAUGAAACCAAGGGGAAUGAGGAGCCCGAGUAGUCAUAGCUUUGGUUAUUUUAAGAAUCCCUAUGCUACAGACCACUCCAGUCCUUCUGUUUCUGAUCCCUGUGGAUGGAAAGUGUUUGUAAAUUUGGUUUUGGGAAGGUCCUGUGUUCCAGGCCAUCAUGGUUCCUACAUCUUCUCUCACCUGAGGAGAAUAUUAAAGCUGUCCCAUAGGACACGGCCUUUCCAGGGGAAGGGCGUUAUGGCUUACUGUAAUACUGUCUGGGAAACAAAACCAGAUCUACUACUCUUCUAUAUCCAUAUUUUAAUGAAAUUUGUCUCUAAAUCCUUUUAAUCUUUUUUCUGGGUUUUUUUUUUCUUCGUCUGUUUGGUUUGUUUUUUGUUUUUUUUUUUUUUUUUUUUUUUUUUUUACUUCCUGAAUGAGUCUGGAUAGCAGCGCUCUAUCAGCAUUAGAAAAAUACAAUUUUUGUUUACUUUGUUACUUUUUGACAGCUGGCUUUGACAAAACAAUGGAUUGAUUUUAUCUGGUCUUAUCUGGUCAGCAAAUUAUUUCCAUUCAUCUGCAGCCCUGGAAACCUGCUUGGAUCUUGGAAAUGCAUCUGGUCCCAGUUUCAGAUUGAAUUGUCUCAUUUCUAUUUGACAUGAGUGAGCAUGGACACUUAGAUCAUAAUUUCAUUUCUGUGCAUCACAAUCCACUCCUCCCAAUCCUCUUCCAUUCUCAAAACAGACUUUGGUACUUCUCAACUGGAGCUGUUGGUUCUAAUUUUUCUGGAGGGUGUUUAUGGCACAGAAUAACUGUUCAGGGAUACAUGCCUCCUUCAGUGAAUUCCUAUUUGUGUACAUUAUCUUUCCUUGGAAAAACUGAUGUUGGAUUUAAUUCCUGGUAUUAUCAGUGAACUUCUGUUUAUGCCCAGUGACUGCCAUUCUUUGCAAGGUUCUUUUGACUGCGUAGAUAAUAGCAGAGAAUAAGAAGGUAGUUACAAGAGUUUCAUAUUUGGACCUGGCAGCCUUUUCUAUUAGUUAGCACUCUUCUUUGUGAUCUUCCCAGAGACUCCCGUUUUUAGGAACAAAAUUGUCAAAGUUGCUGGCUAAGCAGUGGUUGGAACAGACCUUUAGGUGACAUCUCUGAACCUCAGAUAUUCUUGGUCACAGAAAGUCUGAAGGUUCACAACUGGGACGCUUUCAUUAGACACCAUCAUUGUAGCCUAAUUGUUGUAAUUAACUUUUGCUCUCAAACCAGGGCAGAGACCCCAGCUGAGCUUCUCUGGAGGUCAGAGUUAGUGAAGACGUGGAAAAAGCAGCUGGUAGCAGACAGGCACUAAACAAAUGAAACCUUGUUCCUGGUCAGAGCCCGUGACGAGGUGGUGGCAGAGGAGGAGUCACUGACCCUUCUGGGAUCUUUGCAUCCCGUCCUGAGCUUACCAGCAUUUAUCAGCUGUACUAGCUGCUACAUUUCAUUUCAGUCAAGACAAGGCAUUUCCUUUAAGAACUGUUUUGAUGAGUGCAGUUCCUGUUGGAGUGGCUGAGCCUGAGUGCAGUGCCUGCUGAACGGCCCUGGGCACGGCUCGUGAGCCUGAGGAGCAGGUUUGAGAUUCAGGAGCUAGUGACAGUCCUUCUAAAGGAGAUAGAAGGAGUAGGAGUUAAGAAACCUGGUGAGCUUGGUGAUUAUAAAUGAAUCAGACCGUAAUACAUUUUUUUGUUUUUCUUUGGUGUUGCUGAUAGUAACUGGGGUGUCCAUUGCUUAUCAAUAGAAGCAGCAAGAUAUAUUGUUACUAAAGGGUUUUGAGGCUUAAUAAAAUGGUUAUUUUAAGUUUGUUAAAUAUGUUGUUUCACUUAAUAACACUUACCUGAUAGGGUGGAGUAAAAUUUUCUUUUCUGUGUUUCCUUACAUCUGCACUGCAGGGCUGACAGAAUGACCUUCUCUAGCCUGCCUAGUAAAGGGGAGACUUGGUAUCCAUUAGCUUUAAAGAUUUUACAGAUUAAUGUGAUUUCUGCAAGAGAUUUGGGCAGUGUUUUUCUACAUUCUCUAAAAAAAAAGAAAUAAAAGAACAGAAUUAUUUUGAGAAAAAAGUUUCAAAAGACUGGAGUGUUUGCUUUUCAUCUGAGACAUCCAGACUUUUUAUUAGCAGAAUUAAAAUAUUUUUAGAGGCACAUGCCCCUUCAUGAAUCUGAUUUACAACUGAUAUGUCCAAGAAUGUACAUUAACAUCCUUCUCCAGAGGGUCACUGUGUAUCAUCAAGAAAAAUAACUUCAAUUAUUUUAAGAUUAGCUAAUAUAUCUCAAAGUCAUAAUGAAUCUCUGACUGGAUGUGAAUACUUUCUUAUGUUUUCCUUUAGUUUGUUGGAUAGGAGAUCCACUAGUUAAAAAUUGUAAACAGUUUUUUUGAAAAUAAUGUUUUACAGUGAUCUUUUGACUUCUGUGGCCAUGAGAGAGAUUUUUCUAAGCAGUCUGGUGCAUUAGUGCUCAUAACUCUAGUUUGUGCCUGUGAUUAUUUCUUGGUGCUGACUCAAGCAAGAGAUCAUAAAAUCAAAAUACAAAGCUUUUAGCUGUACUAGUGGCUAACUGGAAAUCAACAUCUUCACUGGAUAGAGACUGGACUAAGUGACAAAUGCAUCUGACUAAAAAUUGAAUAAAAUCUCCCAGAAGAUGGCAGUGCACCUAUGAGUAGUGUUCUGCCAACUUAGCAUCUUAUAGAAUUUCUAGCUGUUUUUUCUUUUCCCCCAAUACUGAGUGGAAUAACAAAAAAAGUAAUGACAUCAGCUACACUCUGUGUGUGUGUGGAUCCUGAUGGGGCUUUUGAUCUUGAAAUCUGGAGUGAGGUACAUGUAAUUCCCAAAGGCCUGUGCUGCAGGGAUGGUGAUGAACUGGAUACCUUUGGGUAGGUUGCUCAGCACUUUGUUAAACUCACCAGCAUAACAAAGAUCCCCUUUCCUUUGGAAUCCUUUGGAUAAUUCCCAUGCAAAACCCACUGACCAUCCGGAGCUUUAAAAGAUGUCUGAGUUCUCAAAGUGUCAUUGCUUUCAGAGAAAUGGAUAUUGUAGCAUAAUAAUUACUAAUAUGUGGAAUAAAUGAUGAGGUUUAAAAUCUGACUAUGUUACAUCUUUGCUCCACUGCUUCUCAUCAAAGAAUUUCUUGAUUCAGAUAUGGAUCAAAAGCAUAUGUUCAAAAAUACCAAAAAGUACUACUUUUAUGUUAGUAGUAGUCCAAGAGCAAUCAGUAAUUGCUGUAAGUUUAGCGAAAUUUCCAAUUCAGUUUCCUAAGCAGAAGUCUAAGUGUGGAUUUUCAAACAUGUCAUCAAACUUGUUUGACUAUUUAACCUUUCAAAAAUUGAUCCAGCAAUUAUUAUUUUAUUUAUUUUAGAAUUAGCCAUAGGGAAUGGCAAUGUCUCUUUUUAAAAAUUCAUCUUAAUUUAGAGCUAUAAUUUGCAAGCAAAACCCAGUAGCUGCUCUAUAGUAAUCAUCUUAUGAGCUGUUUGAUAUUCAUAUUUACAUGAAUAUGCAAUUUUUGAAUUUGUUUCUGUAAUGCACCUGAAUGAAGAGAUGUUUUUAAGGAGUCGAGAAGGAAAAGAGGAGGUUUUAGACACAUAACAGUGCUUACAUAUAAAUUUUGAAAGUAAACUUUACCAUCUCCAUCUGUCUUAUCCAGAAUUACUACCAGAAAGCAGCUUAGUCUGAGAAAAAAGUUACAUGAUGCCUCAUUUGUAACAAUUAAUUUAGUUUUUCAAACAGCAAAAAUUCACUAGCACUAAAAAAAAAAAAAAGUUAAAAUUUUAGCAUUUUCUUUAACAUAAAGAAGAGAUGAAAAAAAGAUUGUGUGCUCUUAUUCUGCAGGCAGAUGUAAUUGCAUAUGCUUGUCCUACUGUUUACACUGUGGCUGCUAAUUCUACUAAGUUAAUAUGAGCUGCAUAAUUGCCUUUGCACAAAGCAUAAAAAUAAGCAAGGCUUUUUUGUUUGUUUUAUUUUAAUUUCAAUUUUCUCCUCCUCCAGUAUGUCAUAGAAGCUGCAAGACACAUUGGGCUUUCAAUUGUUAGAUGUCCAUUUUGAAAGUGUGUUUGCUUUGAGUUUGUUUUGUCAUGGGGCAUGUUUAGUCUCUUUUAGGACCACCUGUGAUUGAACCUGUCUUGACCAUAAGCUGUGGCAAAAUCUUCCUCAGCACCUGAAGAGACCCAGCAGCACCUUCCCAUUCCAGUGGCCAGCAGAGCUGUGUAGCCCAUCUGUGAUGGCCAAAAUCACAAUCCAUAAAUGGUGUGAGGAGGGCAGCAGUGAUGGGUGUGAUCCAUUCACCAGGAGAACCUGCUGCCAAUACCCACUUCUCCAUCUAAUAAUGCACCUUUCACUGCUGGCAAGCGUCCUUCUCCCUUGGCAGGAGAGGGCUCACAUGAAACCACAAACCCCCUCUACCAGUCACCUUUUUAGCGUCACUUUCUCAGUGCUUGCACGACUGGCAGUGCUCAGGUUGCUGAUGGAGCUUCUGGGUUCUGUGCAGCUGCUCAAACUGUGACUGCUGCCAUUUGCUGCUGCUCGGUGUAAGCUGGAUGUGCUCUGACAUGUAAAUGAUGCUGCUUGCUGUUUCCUUGUUCCUCCUGUUUAAAAUCUCAAUAAAACUGAAAAAUUCCACUAUACAAACUGCAAAUAUCUCAGUUGACUAUUCCACAAUAAGGCGAGCUACCUCAGCACAAAUAAAAUGUUGUCUUUA